GCAGCAGUCAUGCCCUGGCCCUGCGGCCGCGCGCCGGAGCCUCCCGAGCCGCCAACGCCGCCGCCGGGCGCCCCGCCGCCCUCCUCCCGCCCCCGGCCGCGCCGCCACCGCCUCCCGGGCCCGGCUCGGGAGGGGCCCGCGGGCUCCGGGGCGAUCGGAGCGCCGGAACGUCGCGGGGGGUGCAGGCGUGGGGGCCCCCGAGCCCCGCUGUCGGCCCGGAUGCCCGCGCGCCCCUGAAGCGCCCACCCGCACCCCGAGACCCCCCGCGCGCGGGGCCCCGGCCGCCGCCGCCGUUGCCGCCGCCGCCGCCAGGAGCCUCUCCGGGAUUGCGCACGCCCCCCCAGCCCCCCGCCGCCGCCCCGCUGCCGCUCCGGCCACCAUGCACUUGCUGGCCUUCUGCUCUCUGGCGUGGUCCCUGCUCGCCGCCGCCGCCGCCGCCUUCGAGUCCGGACUCGGCUUGGCCGACUCGGAGCCCGACGCCGGCGAGGCCCAGGCUUAUGCAGGCAAAGAUCUGGAGGAGCAGUUGCGGUCAGUGUCCAGUGUAGAUGAGCUCAUGACUGUGCUCUACCCAGAAUAUUGGAAAAUGUACAAAUGUCAGUUAAGAAGAGGAGGCUGGCAGCAUAAUAAAGAACAGCCCAAUGGCAAUGCCAGGACAGAAGAGACGAUAAAAUUUGCUGCGGCACAUUAUAAUGCAGAGAUCUUGAAAAGUAUUGAUACUGAGUGGAGAAAGACUCAAUGCAUGCCACGUGAGGUGUGUAUAGAUGUGGGGAAGGAGUUUGGAGCAGCCACAAACACCUUCUUUAAACCUCCAUGUGUGUCCGUCUACAGAUGUGGGGGCUGCUGCAACAGCGAGGGGUUACAGUGCAUGAACACCAGCACAGGCUACCUCAGCAAGACGUUGUUUGAAAUUACUGUGCCUCUCUCUCAAGGCCCCAAACCAGUAACAAUCAGUUUUGCCAAUCACACUUCCUGUCGAUGCAUGUCUAAACUGGACGUUUACAGACAAGUUCAUUCAAUAAUCAGACGUUCCCUGCCAGCAACCCCUCCACAGUGCCAAGGUGCCAAUGAGACUUGCCCCACAAAUUACAUGUGGAAUAAUCACAUCUGCAGAUGCCUGGCUCAGCAAGAUUUUCUUUUUUCCUCUGAUGCUGGAGAUGACGCUGCCGGUGGAUUCCAUGAUGUCUGUGGGCCCAACCAGGAGCUGGAUGAAGAGACCUGUCAGUGUGUCUGCAGAGGGGGACUUCGACCUUCCAGCUGUGGACCCCACAAAGAACUAGACAGAAACUCAUGCCAAUGUGUCUGUAAAAACAAACUUUUCCCCAGUUCAUGUGGGGCUAACAGAGAAUUUGAUGAAAACACAUGCCAGUGUGUAUGUAAAAGAACCUGCCCAAGAAAUCAACCCCUAAACCCCGGGAAAUGUGCCUGUGAAUGUACAGAGAGUCCACAGAAAUGCUUCUUAAAAGGAAAGAAAUUUCAGCAUCAAACAUGCAGUUGUUACAGAAGACCGUGUCCAAACCGGCCCAAGCACUGUGACCAAGGACUUUCAUUUAGCGAAGAAGUGUGCCGCUGUGUCCCCUCGUACUGGAAAAGACCACACAUGAACUAAGGGUCACUCUUGUCCGGUUCGUCAACUCUGUCUCAUGGAAACCCAGGUUGCCACAGUGAAAUGGUCUGUGAACAGAGAGACCAUUGUGCCACCGUGAUGACAAAGACAAAAGCCAGUGUUGACCGAACCACGUGGAGAACUUGACGGAAGUAGACUGGAGCUCAUUGGCAAAAGGCCUCUUUCAAAGACUGGUUUUCUACCAAUGACCAAACAGCUGAAGUUUUUACUCUUGUGAUUAAAAAAGAAAAAUGACUACAUAAUUUAUUUCCACUAAAAAAAUAUUGUUUCUGCAUUCAUUUUUAUAACAAUAACAAUUGGUAAAACUCACUGUGAUCAAUAUUUUUAUAUCAUGCAAAAUAUGUUUAAAAUAAAAUGAAAUUGUAUUAUAAGCUGGUCAAUUUG